AUGUACAAGUACAAGAAGGAGGUGACAGGGUCUAAGAGAAAUGAGAUGAAUUUCAGCUUCCACCUUUAUUUUUCAGAUUCUAUAAUUCACUUUCCAGAGGUGGAAGACGGCCGCUGCGUCUUCCCGUUCCAGUACCGGAAAGAGACAUUCCACGACUGUAUCAGCUUCAACGCGAGGCACAAGUGGUGCUCUCUCAACGAGACCUACAUGGGCUACUGGAAGUACUGCACCAAGGCGGACUUCGCCAAGUGCGUGUUCCCAUUCUGGUUCAGGCGCAUGAUCUACUGGAAUUGCACCCAGGACGGGAACGACUUCGGGAAGAAGUGGUGCUCGCUGACCCAGAACUUCAAUAAGGACCAGCUCUGGAAGUACUGCUGA